CAGACAGGAUAUCCGGGGAACCGGAAACCUGGUGUCGUCUAUGCUAGAGAAAUGGAUGUUAGCUCUCUCUUGAUAAAUCAGACCCAAACCUCGGCUAACACGAAAUACUAUGUUUUAGAGGCGGAAUAACUCUGUCGACAGCAGCCGCUUCACUGCCUUGUGUUGUAAAACAGUAUGAAUUCAACUGUUUUCAUUUAAUGUCUCAUUUGAAUGACGUCUGAGCUGUAAGCUACCUGCUAGCAGGCUAGCGUGUUAGCUGCAAAGCCGAGACAGGAGCCACCUGUCACCCAGCGCAGCUCUCUUCAGGCGGUUCAUGGCUGAUAAGUAGGACCUCAAACCAACGGUGAACUCUGACUUUUUUCUUAGGUUCAGUGGAAGCGAUUGUAUCGGGAACCCCCCGCGCCUAAAUGCCCCAACAAGGCCCCAGGAUGAAUGGGUUUUCUCUCGGUGAACUGUGCUGGCUCUUCUGCUGUCCGCCCUGUCCCAGCCGCAUCGCGGCCAAGCUAGCUUUCCUCCCGCCGGAGCCCACGUACUCGGUGCAAACCGAUGCUAACGGGGUAGCUAGCUUACAUUUAACCGAGCGGGCGGACUGGCAGUACUCCCAGCGAGAGCUCGACGCUGUGGAGGUGUUCAGCACCAGGAGCAGUCGGGGUAACCGGGUCGGCUGCAUGUUUGUACGCUGCGCCCCGAACAGUCGCUACACCCUGCUGUUUUCCCACGGUAACGCCGUGGACCUGGGGCAGAUGUGCAGCUUCUACAUCGGCCUCGGCUCCAGGAUCAACUGCAACGUGUUCUCCUACGAUUACUCAGGCUACGGAGUGAGCAGCGGGAAACCCUCUGAGAAGAACCUGUACGCGGACAUCGAAGCGGCCUGGCAGGUCCUGAGGAACAAGUAUGGUAUAGCACCUGAGAACAUCAUCCUGUACGGUCAGAGCAUCGGUACAGUGCCCACCGUUGACCUGGCUGCUCGCUAUGAAUGUGCCGCUGUCAUCCUACAUUCUCCACUCAUGUCUGGACUAAGGGUGGCCUUCCCUGAUACACGCAAGACGUACUGUUUCGAUGCCUUCCCCAGUAUUGACAAAGUGUCCAAGGUGGCAUCUCCAGUGCUGGUGAUCCAUGGUACGGAGGACGAGGUCAUCGACUUCUCUCACGGUCUGGCCAUGUACGAGCGUUGCCCCCGUGCUGUUGAGCCCUUGUGGGUGGAGGGAGCUGGCCACAACGACAUCGAACUGUACGCCCAGUACCUGGAGAGACUCAAGCAGUUCAUCUCCUUCGAGCUUUCCACUUCCUGAGGGGAGCUCAGCCUUCAGGCUGGGAUUCAUCUCACCACAAUCAAGAAGCCUCCUCCUUAUCACCUCCCAGCUCCCAUUGUUGGCAAAGGGCUGGAGCAACUUCAUCACACUGUGCUCCUCUGUCCCUGAAGCUGUUUCAUGCUGGUAACAUGUUGUACACCGGAAGAGGAGAUCCUUUUAAAUUGUUGAGGUGCAGCUGAGCUAAAGACCAGUCCCAGCAAGAUGUACAGCUUUGGCUUUAAAUUUAGUGCUCCUUCAUGUGGACCCGGCCUACCAAUGAGCCCAGGCUUAGACACUGUUUGCACUCCACUGCAGCUCUCGGCCCCCCUCCCUUAUUUAGUGUCUCUCAGUGUGAGCGCCACUUUGUCACAUUUCCUUUUUCUCUCCCACUGCUUUUCCCAUGAUCCCUUGCUUUCCUUUUGACUGAGAGUCUUUGCAAUGUUCAAGCUUGAUUUUUUUGUAUUCUUUUAUACCAGGUGAAGAAGUAUCAAUUUUGCACCAAGUAAUACAAAUUGAAGUUUUGUACUUUUUAUGUAUUUUUAAGUUGCCAUUCAGGGUUGAUUAUACAGUUGCACUUUUAAGGUGCUGACAUUUUCAGGUAAUGAUUUUUUUCUGUCUUUUGAAGAUGUUUAUAUGGAUUUCUUUAUUGGCAUUCCAUGUUUUUCUCAACUUCAAUUGGUUUGUUUUCUUGUUUUUUUCCAGACGUGUGUAUAAAAGCUGUUAACCAGAGUGCAUCCCUGCGCAUCUGGCCUUUUAUAGCUGUGAUCUUUUGUGGUCCCUGGUGCAUGCAACACCUGGCGUAUAGGGGAAAGAUUGCACCAAACUCCAUUGAGAAAUAUAACAUUUCACAACAUGCCUUGCUUAUUAGAACACACACACACUUUGACGAUUCUGGUAACGAUUUUAUCAAACUAUGUUGGGGGUAUUUAAAGAUCCUCACAUCUCUGGACCAUUUGACAUAUUGGUAUCAAAUUGUAUGUCGUGUCACGGCAAGUGUGUGCAACUGCCAGUAAGCAACGCAGCAAUGAACAUCCCCGAUGUUGGGUAAUGUAGACGUUUACCUCAAUAGAAGAGAGAGCAACAUGUAUCAGGGCUGCAGGUCUGUUAACUGGACAUGUGCUAAUGAGACUUGACAACUGUUUCCAACGGGAACACACUUGACUCAAAACUGUAAAUUGAAGCCAGGCAGCAUGGUGCUGGGUUUACCUGCGGACUAAAGACACUGAACUGUGAACCCUACACUAACGUAUUCAAGGUGCACGUGCUGCUGGAUUUGGAUGUGUUUCUAACUUAUCAGUCAUUUCACACUACAAGUAAAGCCUUACGUUUCGUACACAUUUCACCUAGACAUUUCUGGCCUCUCGUGGGACUGAUAACUGCUGCUAUUCAUUAGAAGAAUCAAUCAGUCGCUCAUAUGAUAGCCAGACACUGUGUGCAAGUGUGUGUUGGGGGGGGGGGGGUACUGACAUGACAGCGUGGUACUAAAACCAAAUUCAGCCUGACCAUCAUCGUCCCUUCGGUCCCCCAUGUGUUCCCUCCUGUAGUGGGAGCUCUGAAUGCCCCUCUUUUACAAACACUGUUGUCUUCUGAGCCUUGUGACAGUCUGGAGAAGAAGCUGGGACAAGAACAAAGACCACUGAGAGAUGUAUGAAGAUGAAAUUAAAUAUUGAUCACAUUUGACAGUUGUGGACAUUACAACUUGUAUUUGAAUGAUUUGUUCUUUUCCUCAAACAAAUGGGGGGGGGAAAAAAGAAGUAUAACACUAAAGGAUGAAGUUUAAAUCACACCAAAAAAUAAGUGAAACACUAUCACAUUGAAGAAUAAGCUGAAAUGUCUUCAGAGGUAAGUUUAUUUUUGAAGCAACCUGUGAUGAUUGUUGACUGAUCUGUGUAUUGCUGUGAAGUGGUUUGUCAGUCGGGUGUUCAUGUUUUCUGGAUAAUGAGCCUUUCAUCAUCUCUAGUGUAUUUCUUCUAGCUCGUCUUUUUAAAGGAAAGAAACACCCUGAUCAUUCUUUUGAUACUGACAUUUUUACAAAGGCUUCCCAGUCUAAAUGUUGAUAGAUUUACACUGUCUGAAGCCAGUUUGUAUGAUAAUCCUCUGUAAUGGAUAAUUCAAUAUCUUCUCUAUACAUAUUAGCCCUUACAUAGGGCAGUCUAGUCUCAUUGAUUUUAACACUGGAUUCAAGAUAUGCAAAUAAGACAGAUGAUGCUUGUAGAAUCAGAUUUUGUAAUGAUGUGUAAAAUUUAAAAAAGAUAAGCCUUAAAUAUACCAUGGAACAGAUUGUUAUACAUGUGAUAGUCGUUGCCAGAAGGCGGCACAAUGGAUGUUUUAAUGCUAAUAAUGGAAUAAAGGAUGCAUGAAAGUA